AUGAUUCUUGACUGCUCAAGCCGUGCUCUUGCGUGCGACCCCUGCUGGCUAGACAGCCAGGUUCUUUUCCUGAUCAUGGUCUUGUUGCAGACUGUUUUUAACUGGGCCAUUAUCAAUUGCAACAAUGCGAGAAGUCGGGACGCUCAUAAGCCGCCUUCUAUCAACUUUGGCACAUGGAAUGUGUCGGAGGAAGAAGGCACUGCGGUGAAACUGUUGCUAGUAAAUCGCAUUAUGGCAAAGAGCAAGUCUACUGUGAACAUAGUUCGUCAGCGUAUUGACAGCAUUUCAUCAACAGAGACCGAGGGUCGUUAUCAGCCUAUAGAUUCCCAAAUCUUGUAUGUAGCCUUGAAGCGAGUGGCAGAUGCCCUAGCUGAGGUCCGAAGGCAUGGAAAGGAAAUGGGUACAUGUUAUGACAGUGACUCUACAAUCUGA